AUGGUGAAAGGGCUCUCACAAACAAUUCAAAAUGAUUCGAACACUUUAGCUCUUAGAAAUGCAAAUGCACAUCAUCGAAAUGCACGGUUUGAAGAGAAACUUAUCACAUGCAGAACAAAGCAAGAUCCUGAGUCGAAAAAUACAGGAUUCAGAUCCAUUUUUCAGUCCAUGUACGGUCCAACUUUGAAGAAUGUAGGAACACGAAUGUUUCAUCGAGAAGGAGAAAGUAACGAGGAUUUAGAGCCAAGUAACAUGGUACAAGGAAUAAAUGCUACUCCAAUAACCUGUUUUCCAGAUAAUAAUAGCCUUGCCGAACGGCAUUUUCAAUCAAAUAAGUUUGAAGCAUCUACCGGUAGAUAUGAUGCUGGUCCGUCGCAGCCAAACGUUGAACCGUUAAAUUAUUUUAACAGUAAGGAAAGUAGAAAAAAAAUUCAAGUAGGAAAUGAAAAUUGUUCAAACAUGGAUCUUAGUAAGGACAAGGAAGAAAUGGCUUCAAAUUCAUCUUCAGCCAGACAAAAUACAAACAAUACUGAUAACGUCGAUUCCAAUGCACCAUCCAAAAGAAAGGAAGCGGAGAAUAUCAAUCAGAGAAGAGAGAAUCCAGGGAGUCUAUGGAUAACUCGAUUUACUCCAAAGUCAACUGCCCCCUUGUUCGACGGCCUUCCAUCAUCACCAGGAUUCGCAAACUCAGAGCAAAUGUCUUUGAAGUUUGCAAGGAGACUGGUUAGCAUCAAACAUAUCACGCCGACAAUCAAAGCAGAACGUAUCUCACAAGUAAAUAUGUUUUGCAUGUUUUGCGGAACAAGAGGUCACGAACUUUGUGAUUGCUCAGCUGUUUUAGAAAGUGAGCUAGAAGAUCUUCAGAAGAAUGUAAAUUCAUAUGAAGGUCAGGAAAAUUUUCCUUUUAUCUGCAUCAAAUGUUUUCAGCUCAACCACUGGGCAAUUUCAUGCUCCAGUUCAAUCUUAACAAGGAAACAUGAUUCGGAAGUUAAAACCUCGGUCCAUGAUAGAAUCGAUAAUGAAGCAGACCAGAAUAUUAGUUUGAAGCAGAAAUCAAAUGAUUAUACAACUGUCAAGAUAGAAUGCAAUGCAUCAUCAUGCAAGAAAAACUGCGGAUCUACUUCAAAGGAAAACAAAUUCAAAGACAAGGCUAUUAUAACAUCUCCAUUAAGAUUGACUGAAAGGGAGAUCUCACAUGUGCCUGAGGAAAUCUUUGAUGCAGUGAAGAAGCUUCAGUUGUCCCGCUCCGAUAUCCUGAAAUGGAUAACUUCUCAUGGAUCGAUAUCUCAACUCGAUGGUUUUUUCUUGCGACUGCGGGUUGGGAAGUGGGAAGAAGGACUUGGAGGAACUGGAUACCAUGUAGCUUAUAUAAUUGACACCGGGAGACAUAGUUUGGAGCAGCAUACCAAAAAAUCUCUCUCAGUGAAAGUAAAAGGAAUAGAGUUUAUGGUAGAAAGUCACUAUAUAUCCAAUCAAGAUUUUCUUGAGGAAGAAAUCAUGGAAUGGUGGUCUAAAACCUCAGAAGCAGGUGUUGAGAUUCCAUCUGAAGAAGAUUUGAUAUCAAAAUUUAAAAAGAAACAAUUGUUAGGCCUUUAG